GCCACAGAGCAGCGCCAUUGCCGCCGCCAUGAUGCCGCUGCUCGCCCUCAGCGCCCGCUCCCUCCUGCGCUCCGCGGCCCGGCCGGGCCCGGCCCCGCGCUGGAUCCGCUCGGGGCCCGCGCAGAGCCCCGUGAGCACCGGGGACACCGUGCUGGGCUUCGCCGCCGUGUUCGCCUCGGUGUUCCUGCCCGCCGCCUGGGUGCUCGGCCACAUCCAGGACUACAAGAAACGGACGAGGACGAGGAGGCGUGAACCGGGCCCGCCGCACCGGGACCAGCCCCACCACCGGGACCCCCCAACCCCACCGAGCACCGGGACCAGCGCCGGGACCACCGGGAGGCGCCGCCCCCGCCAUGGGACCCCCCCCGACCCCUCCCCCGCCUCAAUAAAGGCCGCGGAUUCCGCCUGA